AAGCCUAGGCUUCACAGUGGUACAAGUACUAGGGUACAUCCCAAAUCUCUUCCUUCCAGCUUUGACAUGCAGAGAAUUUAGUGGAAAAUUUUCUCUCAGAGAUGAUAUUCCUUGCUGUUCUUUUUCAUCUUUCUGUCUUUUGCAGAAUGAAAUUCCACAAUUAGUUGGUGAAAUUUAUCAGAAUUACUUUGUGGAAAACAAAGAAAUAUCUGUGGAAAAAUCACUUUACAAAGAAAUCCAGCAAUGUCUUGUAGGAAAUAAAGGAAUUGAGGUGUUCGCAAAAAUCCAGGGAGAUGUAUAUGAGAUCCUAAAGGAUAGAUACUACCCCUCAUUUAUUGUCAGUGAUCUGUACGAAAAAAUUGAUGGUAAAGAGGAGGAAAAACAUGGCUCACAAUUUAUUUCCAACAAAGAUGAAAUGAGCCCAGGAGGUGAGGCUGGUGAGGAAGCUGUGGAAGAAGGCACCAGCGCAAUUAGUGAACAGACCAGCUUUGCUGUAAACAAACUCCGAGAGCUCAAUGAGAAACUUGAAUAUAAAAGGCAAGCUCUGAGUUCUAUUCAAAAUGCACCAAAACCUGACAAGAAGAUUGUUUCCAAGUUGAAGGAUGAAAUACUUCUAAUAGAGAAAGAACGCACAGACCUUCAGCUACACAUGGCAAGAACAGAUUGGUGGUGCGAGAACCUCGGCAUGUGGAAAGCCUCCAUCACCAGUGGAGAGGUUACAGAAGAAAAUGGUGAGCAAAUGCCUUGUUACUUUGUCACAGUGAGCCUACAAGAAGUUGGAGGAGUUGAAACUAAGAACUGGACUGUCCCAAGAAGGCUCAGUGAGUUUCAGAAUUUACACCGGAAACUUAGUGAGUGUGUCCCUUCUUUAAAAAAAGUCCAGCUGCCUUCUCUUAGCAAGCUGCCUUUCAAAUCUGUAGAUCAUAAAUUUCUGGAGAAGUCAAAGAAUCAAUUAAAUAAGUUUUUACAGAAUUUACUUUCAGAUGAAAGACUGUGUCAGAGUGAAGCACUUUAUGCCUUUUUGAGCCCUUCUCCUGACUACCUCAAGGUUAUUGAUGUGCAGGGGAAAAAAACCUCCUUUUCAUUAUCCUCAUUUUUGGAAAAACUUCCUCGUGACUUCUUCUCCCACCAGGAGGAGGAGAUAGAGGAAGACAGUGACCUGUCAGAUUAUGGUGAUGAUGUGGAUGGGAAGAAAGACGCCUUGGCUGAACCAUGUUUCAUGUUAAUUGGGGAGAUUUUUGAACUUCGAGGAAUGUUUAAAUGGGUGAGAAGAACUUUAAUUGCUCUCGUUCAGGUCACUUUUGGAAGAACCAUCAACAAACAAAUCCGGGACACAGUGAGCUGGAUUUUCAGCGAGCAAAUGUUGGUUUACUACAUCAGUGUUUUCCGGGAUGCUUUUUGGCCAAAUGGGAAAUUGGCACCACCGAACAAAAUCAGAAGUGCAGCACAAAGUCAGGAAACAAAGCAGAAAGCACAGCAAAAGCUACUUGAGAACAUUCCAGAUACACUUCAGAGCCUUGUUGGACAGCAAAAUGCCCGCCAUGGUAUAAUAAAAAUAUUCAAGGCACUGCAAGAAACAAGAGCCAACAAGCAUCUGUUAUAUGUGCUAAUGGAGCUGCUGCUAAUUGAGCUGUGUCCUGAGCUGAGAACUCACAUAGAUCAACUCAAAGCUGGCCAAGUGUGAGACUGCACAAAUCAACCACCAGAGAAAUGUCUGUGUAAUAAUAGACAUGAAACAUUUUUCCUCUUUUCCACAGAGGGCUGACUGAGAAACCAAUUUUUGUUUUAAUUUCUUCCCCCACCCCACCCAGUUUUGUGUGAAACA